CGCCCGCCGCUCGCCAAGAUGGCCACCUCUGCGGCGCGCUCUGCGGCUCGGCGGCUCCUCCUGCCUUGGUCCGCCCGCCUGGGGCGAGCGCCCGGCGCGGCGGAGCGGUGUGUGCAUAUUGGAACAGGCAGGCUCAGGGCUUCCAAAGCAGCCACAGAAGUAAUCUUAAACGUUCCUGAAACUAGGGUGAGUCCAUUGGAAAAUGGCUUGCAAGUAGCUUCUGAAGACUCUGGACUCUCAACAUGCACAGUUGGACUUUGGAUUGAUGCUGGAAGCAGGUAUGAAAAUGAGAAGAACAAUGGGACUGCUCACUUCCUUGAGCAUAUGGCUUUCAAGGGAACAAAAAAGAGGUCUCAGUUAGACCUCGAGCUAGAGAUUGAGAACAUGGGAGCUCAUCUGAAUGCAUAUACGUCCAGGGAACAAACUGUGUAUUAUGCCAAGGCUUUUUCAAAAGACUUACCAAGAGCUGUGGAAAUCCUUGCUGACAUAAUUCAGAACAGCACCCUGGGAGAAGCAGAGAUUGAGCGUGAGCGAGGAGUUAUCCUUCGGGAGAUGCAAGAAGUUGAAACCAAUUUGCAGGAAGUUGUCUUUGAUUACCUUCAUGCCACAGCCUAUCAGAAAACAGCCCUAGGACGGACAAUUUUAGGACCCACUGAAAACAUCAAAUCCAUAAAUCGUAAUGACUUGGUUGAGUACAUAACAACACAUUACAAAGGACCCAGAAUGGUCCUGGCUGCUGCUGGAGGGGUCUGUCAUGAUGAACUGCUUGACCUAGCAAAGUGCCAUUUUGGUAACUUGCCAUCUGCUCCAGAAGGAGGACUGCCACCCCUGCCACCUUGCAGCUUCACAGGUAGUGAGAUUCGAAUCCGGGAUGACAAGAUGCCCCUGGCCCACCUGGCCAUAGCUGUGGAAGCAGCUGGCUGGUCAGACCCAGAUACAAUCCCACUCAUGGUAGCCAAUACUCUGAUAGGUAACUGGGAUCGUUCCUUUGGAGGAGGCGUGCAGAAUUUAUCCAGUAAGCUUGCUCAGAUUGCCUGCCAUGGUAACCUGUGUCACAGUUUCCAGUCCUUCAACACCUGCUAUACUGACACAGGGCUGUGGGGACUCUAUAUGGUCUGUGAGCCAUCUACUAUUCAGGACAUGGUGCACUUUGUUCAGAGAGAAUGGAUAAGACUUUGCACAAGCGUUACAGAAAAUGAAGUAGCUCGAGCGAAAAAUCUUCUAAAGACAAAUAUGCUGCUACAACUUGAUGGGUCUACACCAAUCUGUGAAGACAUUGGAAGACAAAUGCUGUGUUAUAAGCGCCGAAUCCCAAUUCCAGAACUUGAGGCGAGAAUUGAUGCUAUUGAUGCCCAGACUAUUAGAGAGAUCUGCACAAAGUACAUCUGUGAUAAGCAUCCUGCAGUUGCUGCUGUUGGUCCAAUUGAACAACUCCCAGAGUAUAGCAAAAUCUGCAGUGGCAUGUAUUGGCGCCGUGAGUAGUGAAUAACAAGAACUUUCAGUAUAUUUGAGCUUUUUUAAAAAAAAAAAGAAAGAGAAAACCAAUAAAAAACCCCAAAACAAAACAAAAAACC